AUGGCCAUGGCGAACUCGGACCAGCUGCGCAAGAAGCGUGGUGCGCUCAGGACUGGUGUCACGCGGGCCCUAACACAGUUAACGGACCUGCUACAGCAAACGGAUCCCAACGUCUCGGAAGUUAGCGUGCAACUCGACUACCUCAAGGACAGGGAAUCAGCAUUAUCAAGACUGGACGACGCAAUCCUUGCAGUAACAGAGGAAGACGAUCUUGACCGCGAAGUCGAAACGGCACAGGAUUAUAGCGACAAGAUCAGCUACGCCUUAGCGCGCGCCAAGUACUGGCUGCAAGAACGUCAUCAGGCUACAAGGACGCAUGCUCAAGCUUCUGGAUCCGGAUCGAGCAACUUAGAGCUUCCGAAUUCCGUCGAUGCUCCGGACCAGGUGAGAGAGCAGCGUCAGCAAUCAGUUCUACUACCUAGACUACAGAUACCUACAUUUGACGGCGACCUGCAUGAAUGGCAAACCUUUUGGGACCAUUAUGACGCCACGAUCCACCAGAAUAACGAAUUGCCUCGCAUCGAGAAGUUCAAGUAUUUGCUCACGUACUUGACCGGCAGCGCGAAGCGGUCCAUUGAAGGCAUUCGGUUAGCCGAGCAGAAUUACGACCUCGCAAUCAAAACGCUUGCGGGUCGCUUCGGACGGCGAGAUCUUCUCAUUAAUGAGCACGUGGACCAACUCUUGGCGUUGAUUCCCGUGAAGAGCUCGUCAGACGUUGCCAAGCUUCGUACACUCCACGACAGUGUGCAGUUCCGAGUGAGCGCAUUAGAAGGCCUCGGAGUAUCACCGGAUCAGUACAUCGUGGUGCUGAAUCGCGUCAUGAUGCGCUGCUUGCCAGACGACCUGGCUAUUAUGUAUCGACAAAAGACAAAAGAAGAUAACCGCGCAUCUAGUCGUACUGAGACUCCCGAAGACCGAAUACGUCGAGCGAAGGACCUUCUAACCUUCCUUCGCAUCCAUGUAGAAGUGCGGGAGGAAGGUCGCUUACAGCUUCGUCGCCGUCCACAUGAAAGCGAGAAGAUGAGCAUGGCGACAGAGAGCACCGGUGGCGCGGAACACAUUCCAUCGGCUGCAGCUCGUACAAGUUCUGCCGUGUCGGUCAACCAAGUGUGCCCACUUUGCAACAGCAGCGGACAUAGCAUAAUUUCCUGCAAUGCCACUCUGUCAGCGGACGACAAGCGAGUGAGGCUACGGAAUAAUAACUGCUGUUUCCGCUGCGGUACACACAACCACAUCGCAAGGCUCUGCAAAAAGUCCUACAGCCUUAUCUGUGGUACCUGCCGUCGCCGCCACCUGACUAUUCUGUGCGAGCUGUCGAAACCAGUCGAGGGCCUACCGCCUACUACUGAAUCCGUUGCGUUGGGAAGACCCUCUCUGCCAAGUCUUCGAACCGUGACAACCGCCCAAAGCACUCACAUCGGAUCCACGGCUGUACUGUUGCAGACAGGUCGCAUUUGGGCAGAGUGCGGUAACCGACGACUUCUCGUUCGAGUGCUUUUAGACAGCGGUAGCCAGCGUAGUUACAUUCGCGAAGACGCGGCCAGAAAACUUCAGUGUUCCGUCGUUGGAAGGGAAGAGCUUUCCCUCAUCACCUUUGGAAACUCCAAAUCUCAGAGGCGACUACGCGCCGAGCGUGUCUCCGUGCGACUGCGUAGCCAAUUUGACGAUGCUGCAGUGGAAUUGGAAGCGUUAACGAUUCCAGAGAUAUGCUCCGUAACGAGUCCACCGCUGGAGAACAAUAUCUUGCAGGCACUCAUCGCCAAGGAAUAUAAGGUGGCUGACACAUGUCAAGCGGAUACGUGGAAAGAAGACGACAUAACCCUUCUCAUAGGAUGUGACGCCUAUUGGAGAGUGACAACCGGAAAAAUUGAUCGCAUCAACGAGAGGCUAACAGCGAUCGACACUAUCUUUGGAUGGAUGGUGCAAGGCCCUAUUAAGUCCGACCUCCGCUUCCCAUCAAGUGCACUGUUCAUCUCGCGCAGCGAUUCUGCAGCGGACCUCGAUGUACCUUCGAUGUGGUGUCUUGAUGCCAUCGGGAUAGAUGGAGCACAUUCCCAAACCUUAGAGGGCAACCGCCACCUGUUUGGAUCGGAGCUAGGCGUUUCCAAGCGAAACAAGAAUCAUCCAGUUGACAACGCCGUCACCAGUGGCUGGAAGGUGGAAGAGGGUGAGACGGCAGGCGAGCAUGUCGACGCUCAUCUUGGCCGCGCGCGUCGUCGUCAUUGGUGGCAGAAUGGGGGUGACGCCGCACUUGCGCAACUGGUCUCAGAUCGGCUGCUUUUUGUGCGAGCACCACGACGAGGAUCGCCUCUUCGAGAUUUUACACCGAGUACAUCGUCAUCAAGCACGUCAAGGACGCCCUGA